CUCCUGGAGGCCAGCCAAUCUUCACACGGGGAAACGAUACAAGCCCAUUUUCUCACUCUUUCUUAAUUCUAUUUUGAUUUUCCCGAGAAAAUUUCAUUUUCCAUGAAACUUCAGGCGACAUCUGGAACCUUAUCUCUUAUUCGAUAUAACCCACCUCCCUUCUCACCACCGCAUCGUUGUACUACCCCUUUCUCUCUCCCCAAACACCGCCUUUUCAUGGCUGCUUGUAUUGACACUUCCAGAGCAGAGACUGCCCAAACGAACCAACUUUCUUGCGAGCCAAACGGGUCCCAACUCGAUGAUCAUAUGUACAAGUUCGCAAAUUUAUGCCGACCCAGUUUCUCUGAUCUUGUUUCCUGCGUGCCCAUGUCGCAGAAUGGCCGCAAAAGAAUUCACACAAGUACAGUCGAAGACGACCUCUGUGGAGCUGAUUUGUGGCUGAAAAUUCAAGACGAAGCUAGGUCUGAUGUUGAGCAAGAACCCAUCUUGUCAAGCUACUAUUACAGCUUAAUUCUGUCUCAUAAAUCAUUGGAAAGUGCCCUAGCCAAUCAUCUUUCGAUCAAAUUGAGCAAUUCGAGUCUUCCCAGCAGUACACUUUAUGAUCUCUUUAUGGGUGUGUUGGUUGAAGAUGGGGAAAUCAUGGGAGCUGUUAAAGAUGAUUUGAGGGCAGUCAAGGAGAGAGACCCAGCUUGCAUAAGCUACGUGCAGUGUCUGGUGAAUUUCAAAGGCUUUUUGGCAUGCCAAGCUCAUAGAGUGGCACAUAGGCUGUGGUCGCAAGGGAGAAAAAUUCUGGCAUUGGUGAUUCAGAAUAGAGUGUCUGAAGCUUUUGCCGUGGAUAUCCAUCCUGGGGCUAAGAUUGGAAGAGGAAUAUUGCUUGAUCACGCGACUGGAGUCGUCAUAGGGGAGACGGCGGUGAUUGGAGAUGAUGUGUCGAUUUUGCAUAAUGUGACCUUAGGAGGGACUGGGAAGGUGUCUGGUGAUAGGCAUCCGAAGCUUGGCGAUGGGGUGCUGAUUGGUGCUGGGACUUGUAUUUUGGGAAAUGUUAGAAUUGGGGAUGGGGCCAAGGUUGGUGCUGGUUCAGUGGUGUUAAAGGAAGUGCCUCCCAAAACUACUGCAGUUGGGAACCCCGCAAGGUUGGUUGGAGGGAAGGAGAAUCCAAUUAAGCUUGAUAAGAUUCCCAGUUUCACCAUGGACCAGACUUCACAUAUCUUUGAGUGGUCUGAUUAUGUUAUUUAAAGGCAAUUUUUUAGGUUAGUUACUUGAGAUUGGAGCUUGUUGUUUGUGUUUAUAAGUGAGAACUGAAGUUCUCCCAUUAAUAGACAUGAUUAUGUACCCUAAGCAAGCUCUUCUAUCUUGAAUUGUUCUGUUUUUCGUUUUUAUUAGACACUAGUGCAACCCUGUAUUAUUUAUGGCCAUCUAGUAAUAUAUACUCCCUCGUAUUAUGAAUUGA